GUUUCAUGUCAAUAUGGACGUAUCGCAUGCACAAUUGCUUCACGCUAUCGUCCUGUCGAGUUCUGGUGAGAACGACAUGGUGCUGGGAAAGAGGAAUGUACCAUCCACCUUGUCCUUGCUCUUUCCUUAUUCGUUUUCGUGAGAUGAGAUUGUUGCCGCGAGAAAGAACAAGAGAGACAUGGAUCACGAGUGACGGCCACCACAACGUCAGGAAGAACAUCAGCACGUCAUUAUUCUUAGUGACGUCAGAUAAUUGGCGUAGAUGUUGGCGUGGCCAUGGCAAGCGGCCUUGACCGUGCGUCGGCGGUCCACUAGCUUGCGCAAAGUCUGUGCGAAAUCGAUGGCCAGGUUUUUCUGCUCGCGCUCAAGAUCGAUUGCCAGAGAUUCAUACGCAUUCACAGCGCUCUCGGUGGCCUGGCCAUAGAGACACGACAAAGGACGGCAAGGGUGGUGUCUCGCCUCUCUUCUAUCGCUUCACCUUUGCCGCCUCAUCCUUGUCUUGCUGCAUGAGCAUGUGCUUGAGGUCAAGCAGCAAUGUGCGGUCCUCUGCUUGGACCAUCCGCAUCUGCCGAAUGGGCACCAAAUUGCACUGGCUGUAGCGCUGGCUUGCGUAGAAGUGGGCUAGCAAGGGUGAAAACCUAUACAUGCAUCGACGGACUGCCGCAAUCGCAUUGGCCCUCUGAAUUUGCUUACCUCAGCAUCCGAGUGACUUUCGUCGGUCUGAAGAUGAGAUCCUUAUGACUGCGUAUGAGCCGCGAGGCAGUGGCUCUGUCCACCGGGAUCCUAUCUUGACCGGCCAUGCCGUCGUGACGAGAAACGCCGAGAGACAGCUGUUGGAGGGGACUGCAAUGGAAGGGGUCGCUGCCGAGUGCCUCCCGCAUCUGCCGCGACGUGCAGCCACCCUCUUCGCGUGACGAGCUGGACACAGGGACCGCAGCGCCCUGCCGGGCAGAAGCUUGACGAGGGGAGGGGAGAGACGAGCCCUGUCCACGAAGCGGCGGGAAAGAAGUGGGCACGCUGUCCUGAAAAAGUGCAGACAUCAAUGACGGCGAAGUACAGAUUUGUGUGUCUGGUGUCUCACAUAAGUCGUUGACAGCACAUUGCCGCCCCCUAGAUUUAAUUUCCAGUGGUCGAGGCAGAUAAACUCUGGAUGGAUGCCUGAGGGAGGGAAGCAUGAAAAGGGCGGGGGCAGUCCUCUCUUGCUGUCCUUUUCUCGCCUGUAGUCCAGUAGUGUAUCAAAGUGAACAGCUGCCUGUGGGAAUACAAGACAAAGGGCUCCAUGUGUUUCACCCCCCGAACCCACUUGUACCGACGAAAGAACAUAGUGAAGUACGGGCGUGACUUCGGAUAGGCAAGGAAAAGAGAAUAGAGGAUGAAUUGGGAAGAAGCAUCCGCAAAUCUGUGGAAGAAUCGAGUGGGCAUUGUUGACCGUCACGAUGCCCACCCACUUUUUCCUAUAUCUACUAUCCCUACUGUUGAAAGAACGUAUCUUUCUUUGCAAUGGCGUGGAACAGCAGGAAAUAGCUGCGAGCCAGCCGGUCAAAAAAGACACUCUCCAGUAAGGGUGCGUCGGGGUGGGUGUUCUGGAAAAAGCAAAGGACGACCAGCCAGAAGGCUUCCGCCACGAAACCCAAGGAGUAAGCGCUACAGAAUUCUUGCUUCCACGACUGACAGACCAGACAGACACCCCAAAUGAGAAGGAGGAGAGUGGUACAAGGGAUUGCCCUCACCCUUGACUUUCCGGACUGGAACCUGAGAUUGUUGAGCACAUUCUGUAUCACUUUGCCGACUUGGAGUUCCCCUUAUCGAUGAUAAACACAGAACACAACAGUGUGACGUAGUUGAUAUAUAUGGGGGCGGUGUUACCCGGCAGCAGGCACGGCUCGUCCAUGGCCAUGUUCCUCACAUCCGGGAGGCGAGCGUCUUCCACGCGAUACUGUUGUUCCAUUGGGCGUCUUCACCCAGGAAUGCCGGGGGC